UCAGGUUGCGCACCGGGUGGUACUGGAAAUAUUUACAACUGUAAAGAGAGAACUUCCAGACUGCGAUGAUUCCCCAGCACAUAAUUUGUACAUUGCGCAGUGGUGUGAGGUGCUGGCGAUAUCGAAGUGUUUUGGUAACGGCUUUACGGCUCGAGGCCUUGGACUUUCGAAGCGGGCGCUGUCGGUCUACCUCGGCGCCUGGCACUGUCAGAUCCAUGGAGGAAAUACUGACGAGGGUUGUGGUACGGUUACCUACAUACGAGAUGAGAGAGAAGUCCCCUCCUCCCCCUGAAUCGUACAGUGUGGAAUUCAUGCAUUUCUACAGAAGCCUUGAAAAGGAAGAGAAGUCACAAUUACUGGCAAAGCUGUCAGAAGAUUUUGGUGUGGACCACAAAGGAGUUUCAGAGCUAGCAGGGAUGCUGCUCGACACUCAGUUAAGGGACUUGGCUACAAUAUUGCAAGUAGAGGACAGGUUACGAUACAGUCUGACUCCGCGCUAUAAACAGUUGCUUAAUCACAUAAGCAGGGUUGAGGGGGGAGUGAAGUUUCUGGUGGACCUACGUGCCGAUCUGCUUGAAAUAAUCUCAUCUAAAGGAAGUGACAGUCCUCAUAUUCGGGACCUGAAUGGCACUCUGAAGAGUCUGCUGUCGGAGUGGUUCUCUGUGGGUCUGCUGCGUCUGGAGAGGAUCACCUGGCAGUCCCCCUGCGAGAUACUGCAGAAGAUCAGCCAGUACGAGGCUGUCCACCCUGUGAGGAACUGGACAGAUAUAAAACGUAGGGUGGGGCCGUACCGUCGCUGCUAUGCCUUCACUCACGCUGCCAUGCCAGGGGAACCACUGGUCGUCCUGCAUGUGGCACUCACAGAGGAUAUCUCUGAUAACAUACAAAGUAUCGUGAGAGAGUUGGCUACCCUGGACAUGGAGGAGGAUGUGAACAAGGUCAAUACAGCAGUGUUCUACUCCAUCUCCUCCACCCAGGCUGGCCUACAGGGGGUGGAGCUGGGGAACGUUCUUAUCAAGAGAGUGGUGCGGGAGCUGCAGAGUGAAUUUCCCCACAUGUCCCAGUUCUCCAGCCUGUCUCCCAUCCCGGGCUUCUCCUCCUGGCUACAGGGCCUGCUCAACCAGCACCGGAAGGAGGGCCGCAUGGAGCUGCUAACUGACCGUGAGUGGAGGGAGGUGGCAGAUGUCACAAACACAACCCCUGAUACCAACACCCUGGAUGCCCUGCGUAAGCUGAUCAGCACUGGCGAGUGGACCCGCUCCGAACGCCUGGUCCUAGUCCUUGAGCCCGCACUGAUGCGCCUCUGUGCCUGGUACCUCUACGGAGAGAAGAGGCGCGGCUACACCCUCAACCCUGUGGCCAACUUCCACUUGCAGAACGGCGCCACCAUGUGGAGGCUGAACUGGCAUGCAGACACCAGCCCCCGGGGAGUGGCCAACUCCUGUGGCAUCAUGGUGAACUACAGAUACUUCCUGCAGGAGACCCCUUCCAACAGCGCUGCCUACAUGCACAACAAAGUCAUCACAGCCACAGAGCAGGUGCUGGGCUUGGUCUCACAGUUUCAGAAGAACAGCAAACUCUGAUCUCCAUGGACAUACAUGUACACCCACACACACACUUGGUAUCAAAGAUGCCUGACUUUACGGCUCUGAUCUAAUGUGCCAAAACAAAACACGUUGAAAAACAUUGAGACAAUUUGUGGAACGAUAUUCAUUUAUUUUGUUCUUUUCUUUUUGCAAUCUAGCCCAUGUAGCGCAUGGAUUUUCCUCUCCCUUCCUGGGGUGGGUAUGUGGUGUUAUUAUCUCUGAUAGACUCCCGGUGUUUUAUGGUGUGUGAGACUGCAGCUAAUGAAGCGAGAGACAUUUAUCAGGCCGUGCAAUGUUUCUGCUUGACAAUGUGUGUGAUGCUGUAGCACAGCAAAUAGGCUGCAGAGCUACUGGAAUAAACCAUGUUUUGAUUCUUUCAUUUGGUUGAUCUGUUUAGCUUCAAAGAGGCGUGUGCGUGCGCGUGUGUACGUGCAGAGCCGGGCAGGCUAAAAAGAGAACAGACACCCACAUUGUAUAGAAUUAUGUACAGCAAUACAGUACCAUAUUAUUAUCUCAUUGUCUCGGCCCUGAUUAUCACCCUACAAUCUCUACUAAUCAGUUAAUUACUGAUGAUCAAUUAGGCUAUUCUUUAAUGAGUUGUGCUCGCAAGAGAUUUAACAUUAUGAAUUUAAUUUACAGUAUAUAUAGAGUUGGUCCUUUUCUGCAAAAGGCUAAGUCAUAUUUCACACCAAAAUGUGUUCAGUAGCCAUGGCUGACACCAUAGUCCUUGCAGAGGGUGUUUGAAAAUGUUUGCUACCUGCCACCACUCACUCCCCCUAGAGACACAUAUCUGAUGUACUGCUACACCAAAGUACUGAACCAAGUGGGACUCAUAUCUGCCCCCACUCUAUUGUUUUGAAAGCCUAUAUCACAGCAAGUUGACUGUGAAAUUACAUUUUAUCUCUCAGAGGAGCCAAACUUUUUUUCAGAGCCAGCCACACAGUGUCCCAGAAACUAAUGAAGUGAGAAAUAAAGUUUAAAUAAAUGGAUAGAUUUAUGGUAUUCACUUUAAAGCCGGGAAGGAAAUCAGUGAACAUAAAAGGACACUGUUUAAAGGAUGCCCUUGAGAAAGCAUUCCUCUCGUGAGACAGAUAGGGAGGGUGGACACCUGUGAGGAGUACAAAGUCCAAAGCUGUCACACCAUUCCACAACCAUGGAUGAGAGUUUCCAUGGAAACAACAAUGACAUGUCCCUACCUUUCCACUAAGCAAAUAAAAUAUUUAUUGGAAAAGUUGUCAAAGAACUGGAGCACUGAGACAAGAGAUAUCACAACAUUGCACUUCCACUUUAUGUCAUUAAUUGUCAGACAAGGGAAAAGAGCUAUAGAGCAUGUACAUGUGCUUGAAUUGAUUUGAUGUGUGAAUAAACAUGUCAGUUGUGUUAAUGUAAA